AUGACGCAAACUACGUCCUCCGUCUCUUCGGCUAUUGGCUUUCUGUCACGCUCACUUGGGAUCAUGAAAGGCGUUCAUUGGGACUCCGGAAUGAAUAUUCCGGAUCACAAAUCAGGCGCGUUCCGGUGUUUCGACGGCUGGUUGAGCCACUUCCGCUUCCACAAUCGCUCGUUGUCUCCCAUCCACGUUCGCAUCGUUUACGACGAGAAGAAAACUCCUUCUGGACUUUGUGAACGGGACGAUGACCAUUCGAAACUCGUGGAGUUGCACGCUUUACUCAUCCUACUCAGCACUUCAUCUGAAGGAAUAAUUCACUUCCGUUCCCAAUUUUACGAUUGGAUGAAGCUCAUUUGGGCGGCUUUUCAGAAAUUCGAACGGUACGUGGCGCCAAAGUAUUAUUCGACUAAGCCAGCGUUGAUUGAAACAAUUACAGAGAUAGCAUCCCGUCCGGAUAGCAAUCCGAAGCAUGACACACUUUACAGCGUGGAGAAACGAGUGAGUUCUUUACGUCGAGAAGUGUACACUGCGCUGGUUGAUCUCGGGGAGGAAGGAGAGGCGGAAUUGGCGAGUGCAUUCGACGGUAAACGCGAGGUUUCAUCCGCUCAAAGUGCCUCUUUUAAUGACGAGAUGACGACAGGGCGUCGAAGCUUUUUACUAACGCCGACCGAAGUAAUGCGUUUAAAUGACGGUAAUUUAUCGGAUGGAGACGAACCGGUAAAUGAGAACUGGGAUCCCACUCAAGGUGACGAGCAAGACGACGACGAAGACGACGAGGAAGACGAGAGUUUAGACGAUGGAGACAAUGACGACGACGAAGACGACGCUGAAGAAAAUAGAGCGGAGUUCGUGGAGGAGCUGAUGCUGAUGGGAUUUCCGGAAGAUUGGUGCGUGCUGGCGUUAAAGCAAACCGAGAACGAUAUCGUCAAUGCGUCGGCUUGGAUUGUGGACAAUCUGGAAUAUCUGAUGAAGAGAGAAUUGAACCAACUUGACCUUCAAGAUCUUGUCCGCCAGCUGCGAGAAUUCGAGAACACGUUGUCAAUCCUGUAUGCUCGUCAGAUUAUGGCCACAGUGUUACAUCAGACAAGACACAGUCGCGAGUUGAGUCAAGGUCGACUGUUAUUCUCUCAGUAUCUCCAGGGGUACGUGGAACUGCUGCACGUUCUACAGGGCGUUACUGGGUUUAACGUGGCCCCAACACCUGCCGCUCAUAUGGUCGCUAGUAGCAGUGGAGAUGCGUUGGAAUCGGAAGGUUGUUUGCUGCUGUUUGACCGCAAACGCACUCGCAGUAGCUUGUUAUCCUUCGCAGACGACAACCUCAGUGUGUCGUACUCUGGGAAUGAGGUAUGGAAAGCUGCGUGUGCCGUCACGAGCUUCUCGACUGGCGUGCAUUCAUGGCUGGUGCGUAUUGAAAAGUCUAGUUCUCCGUAUCUCUUUGUAGGGGUCGCUACUCGACAAGCGAACUUGGAUUCAUUCCUUGGAGCGGACGAUCAAUCCUGGGGUUUUAUUGGCGAUAAAGCACUGUACUACCAGCGGAACCGCAUACGAGCAUACGGCGAGACAUUCACGGAAGGAGAUUGCAUUGGGUUACGGCUGGAUUGCGAGAAAGGCGAGCUUUCGUUUAGUAAAAAUGGAGUGGAUUUGGGUGUGGCGUUCGAUAAUAUUGUGAGUUCAGUGUCCCCCGCUGUGGCCUUUUACUCGCGACAUCAGAAGAUCUCCUUCGUUAAGGAUAGUUGUACCGGUGAGACUAAUAUACCUCCGACUGGAGAGCUAGAAGACGCGGGUGUGGAGGACUGUUUAAUAGCCUGUGAGCUGAUGGCCAACUGGGUGGAUAAAAGACCCAUGCGAGUGGAAAUGGCUGCUGCUACGUUCGAAAUGACGGCAGAAUGGCUCGCCGGAUCUAUUAAACACGUUACCACGCGAUCCGGGAAAUCCCUCUGGGUGGAUGUUACGCGAGGAACAUGUGAAAAAGCUGGGUUUUAUUGCGAUGAUAAAGUCCGCACACCUCGUGGGAAUGGAGUUGUAAUGGGCGUGGCAGGCGGACGGAUCUGGGUGGAAGUCGACAAUGAACCUGGAGCGUGGUUCUUCCAUCCGUCCAAACUACGCUUAGUGGCGAGCGCAACAACACCCAGUUCCACUACUCCAGUUGACAACUUAAAUAUCCCACCAGACUCUUUAAAUGACCCACAUUUGGGUUCAAAAGUGGACAUAUCUUCGCCCUUUACUCUUUCUCGAGAAGAACUCGUUGAGUAUGGGGAACAUUAUUUGUGGACUGUAGCAGUGGAUCGGGAGCUUCUAAGUGUGAUUAACGAUUUCUGUGAGGUAUCUCGCACUAGUCCGUGGAAUCUGACACCCAAUCAACUGCUCAAUGUUGUCAAAGAGAAGACUGCGGUACUAGAGCUUUCGUCCUUUAGUAACGUACUUGCAAUGCCUCAGCCUGACGAGAUGAUCGUCGCACGGUUCGCAAUACUGCGCUUCUGCAACAUGUACAUCAGUCGCGCUUUACCCUUUUUCGACCUCUCAUGGCACUACUUUUUACCGGAUUCCAACUCGUUGCCGUGUCGACUAGUGUCACAAUGUCGCGGUAGUCUCUUUGUCUGUGUAAAAAAAACACUUUGGACAGCGUUGAUGGAAAAAACCGCUAAUUCACCCAAAAAAUCUGACGACGAGUACGAUUAUCCCGAAGAUUUACCGCAGCUACACGUGAACCGGCUGAAGGCAGCAGCAGCAAAAUGUCACGAAGGAACAGUCAGCAGUUUGUUCUCAUCCCUCUUUGGCCAGUCGUUUGAAGAGCUUCAUUUCUUACCUAUUAAAACGCUACGUAUGGUCUACUCCCACCCAAUGGAUGACGGUCAAUUACGAAGCUUUAAAGUUAAGUUCGAGGGAGAAGGAGUGGAUGACUAUGGUGGUCCAUAUCGAGAGUUCUUUUCGCAAUUCUUCGCCGAGUUACAGAUGCUUAACGUACCCGAAGGCGAAGAUAAUGGGUCCACAAGUUCGGAGUAUACUGCGAAUGGAGGACCCAGUAGUACGUCGCUGAAAGUGGACCCCAAUGUAUCCGUAUCAGCGUGUGUCUUGCCCUUCCUUCUGCCUAGUCCGAAUUGGCGGAAUGGCGUUGGAGCCAACCGUGAGAAAUUCGUACUUAAUGGAGCUCUUAUCGAGCGUCAAAUACAUGAUAAGAAGGUAUCGUGUUUAUCUGGAGAAAGCGCUGAAGAGAAACGACAACUUUAUUGUGAAAUGUUUUUCUUUCUCGGUCAGAUGAUCGGCAUUUGUCUACGCACGCGUGUGUGCGUUCGCCUCGAUCUGGCAAUGUCAGUGUGGAAACAACUAGUGGCUGAAGACGACUCGAACCCGGAGAGUGCGCUAGCAACGCUCAAAGAGAUCGAUUUCGUCGCGUAUUCAUUAUGGAAGACGUUGAAAGAUUCUAUGCUUCGAGCACGGAUCCAAGAAACGCAAGAGGUGGUGAAUAUAGUAAAGCAGGGACUGCACUCCAUUAUGCCGGUGUCUGCAUUGGCUCUUCUGACGUGGAAUGAGCUUGAGAAACGCAUGUGUGGCGUUGCGGAAGUGGACGUGAAGCUAUUGCAGAUUAAUACCGAGUACGACGAAGAUUUGUCGAUGAACGACGAGUUUAUUCAGAGAUUUUGGCGCGUGCUGGAAAGUCUCGAAGCGGAGGAUAAACGAGCCUUCCUGCGGUUUGUGUGGGCCCGGUCUCGUUUGCCUUUGGGCUCAGCACAGUUCCACCAGAAAUUUAAGAUCCAAGCGCUUGCGUCUUCGGGUAAUGGAGACGCGAACGGCUCAUCGUCAGGACCCCCUGGAGGCUGGAUGGACUCGCAGAUGCCGAAGUCGCAUACGUGUUUCUUCGCACUCCAACUCCCACGAUAUUCCAGCGACGAAAUCUGCCGCGAACGACUUUUGCUGGACGGGUAUCAGUCCGACAGAUCAGCUUCGAAUUUGACCAGCCAUUUGCCAAAUAAAAGGCAGAACGUCCGGAUCGAGGCCAAAGAUAUUGGCGAGAAUAACUAG